CGAGUUACGUGCGCAUGCGCGAACGGGAGGACAACAGUGCAGUGACGUACCGCGUGUCAUUUCAGAUGCAGGCUCGACUCUGGUCUGUAUGUAAUUUUGUAAACAAAAUGCAGUAAAAUAUCAGUGGUAUAUCUUGAUGAACAAUUUUUACCGUUGUCAACUGCGAGUAUCAACAUGUGGAAGUGUCACAAAUGUGGAAAACCUGUCUACUUCGCCGAGCGGAAACAAUCUUUGGGUUACGACUGGCAUCCAGAAUGUUUACGGUGCGAAGAAUGUGGCAAACGAUUAAAUCCUGGACAGCAUGCUGAGCAUAAAGGAGUUCCUUACUGUCAUGUACCCUGUUACGGGGCUCUCUUUGGGCCCCAGUUAUUCGGACACGGCACAAGAGUGGAAUCUCAUACAAGCUUUGGGAAGAAAGAAUCUCGAUCAACGUUGCCCAGGUCUCAUUUAGAAUCAAAGUUGAAGUUGUUCAAUCAGUAUUAUGAGGGUAAAAGUGGUGGGAUCAGAAGUCGUGAGGUAAAUGGCAGAUUAAUACUGGAAGGUGCACUAAGAAUUCAUUGGGGAGUUCGAGGCGUUAUCCACCUUAAAGAAGAUGAUGAUCAGCGCACAGUUGUCACUGCAAGAAAUCGAAAUUCUUGUAGACAGAGUGUUUCAGAGGAUGGAGGAGAUGACGACCAAGUAGAUGCCACGUCAAAGGAUAACUCCCCACCUGAGACUGAAACUGAAAGUGAACCAAACUCAGUUCCAGUAUCUCCCGAUCACCCGAAAAGUCUUACACUUCCGAUGAAACUCGACGUCAAAAAUAUGGAGUGGGAUGAAUUAGAUGAACUUCUUCAGGUGGAGAGGAAGGUAGAGGAGGGCAACAAGCUGUAUCAAACUAUGCCAGUUGGCUUGCCAUCAAUUAGCUCUCAGCCCGGUGCAGAUUCGUCUGAGGUGAAAGUUCACUCUACCGUUGAAGGACAUGUAGAAAAUGUUGAAUCGAGUAAUCUGUCUCAACAAGCUGUGAAACAUAUCGUCGACAAUGACAGCAGUAUAACCAGCACACCGACGCAUAGUAUGGAUAGUUCAUCUAGUACAGACACGCCAAACUAUCAAGGAACACCGAACAGAAAUGGGACCCUUCGUCGUGUCGAGUACUUUGAUAGUUUAGAGAAGAAUAUGGGUGCCAGUAACAGAACUUUGAGCAAUGAUGAUAGCUGGAUCGAAAAGGGUUUGAAUCGUUCGAUGUCCGGUCCUGAUUGCUUGCAGAGACAUCGCACGGACAGUGACACUGAUUCAGUGAAUUCUCUUCAUUUUCGCGACGACGAUAACAUGACAAUGUCGACCGACAGUGGGUUGGAACUGGACGGAGUUGUUUUGCGGCGUAAGCCGGGAUCGACUGCCAUAAGACGUCGACCAGGUGGAAGACGUCAGUCACGUAGUCGGUUAAGGAGGCGAUGUUCAAUCAAUGGUCACUUCUACAAUCGAGAAACGAGUUUUUUUACGCCACCGCAUGGAUCACAAAUGUCUGUUUGGGUGACAAGUCUGGUUAGCACUCAAGAGGUUAUAAAUUUGAUGCUCGACAAGUACAAAGUGGACGCUAAACCGGGCAAUUUUGCACUAUUCGUCGUUCGUGACAACGGCGAACAGCGAAGAUUGAGGGACGACGAAUAUCCGCUGGAAACGAGGGUGGUACUGGGACCCCAUGAGACCGUUGCUCGGCUCUUUCUUGUCGAUCGUUUCUCAACUCCGGAAAUCAGUUCCGACGUUGCGCAGUUUUUGAAUCUCUCCGCCGCUGAGUGUUCAGGCAUUUUACAACGGUAUCAUUAUGAAGAGGACCGCCAAAUAGCUCUCCUGAAAGAAAAAUACAAAGAAAUGAGACGGAGAAUAAUGCAACGAAUGGACGAGCUAAAAGUUCGACUGUAAUGGGAUCUGAAACAUGAUAAGUAUUGUAAUGAUCAAAUAACUCAAUUGAAGAGAUAUUUAUAUAAAUAGUUUGUAGGUUUUUUAAUUUCAUCAAGGAUUAUACCUUGGGCAUAAGCCAUGUUGGUUACCUUGUGCUCAUGUUUCGACAAUUAUUCAAUCUUUUUAAUACAUACCCACUAAUAUUAUUAUUAAUAUUAUUGUUACUAUUGCCAGUUUCGUCGACUUGUAAAUUUCGAAAACGUUCCAUGCAAUUGGAUACUUUAUAUAUCUAAACUAUUGAACAGUAUUUAGUUCAUAGAUAAUAUUGUCUGUUUUAAUUUUUUACUCGUAUUCUCUAUUUGUCCGUUAUAUGAGAUUUGCAUCACUAUAUACCAGUGAACCGAUCAAUAGCUGAUACACUUUACGCUUCCGCUGUUAGGUUGGUGCGUAGAUUUUUAAACUAAUUUUAAUGGAUUUUCUCAAUUCCACCCCUGUAGCGGACUUAUUUAAUAAUAAUUUUUGUUUAUUUGAUUUUUUACACGCUACUCAUGAAAAUGAUCGUAGAAAAUCAAUUGAACAUUAGGUAGCUCUAUUGAAUUAAGAAUAUGUAUAUUAAGAUAAGAAAAUGACAAAAAAAAAAACAUGAAACAAAAAAUGACAGCUGUUAUAUGAAGUUGCCAAGAGCCGAAUGUCGUAUUUAAUUUUCAUUUUAAGAUUCGAACAAUUCCUGUUAAAAUUUGAUAACAGUCUUUUAAGGCGCAGACAAUUACUCUAAAUUUUAUAUACAGAGUUUGUUUAUAUGCAUGUGGGAAAACAUUUACAAAAUUCUAGAGAAUUCCUUAUCUAACCGAAUCUUAAUAAUUUGAAUUGGAACCUGAUGCGUUUGUUCUAAAUUAGCUGUGAUCGAUUGUGGAUAAUUAUACUUACAUUAUUCGAAACCCUGUAGACUGUACGUAAUCUCAAUUAUAUGAACAUUCUGGACAUGGUGUGAAUGAAUGCCUUUCGUCAUUUGGUGCUUUUCCUGCCUACAUUCUUCGGCUUGCAACCGAGAAAUGGUUGAAAUUAAACCGACAUUAAGACUUUCUUGCAAAUACAGUGUUACAAUAAUGAGUUGCCUGACGAUUGUUUGACUACAGUCUUAAAUCUUGUGCAACGAGACAUAUUACUCGCGAAGCUGCUUGCUUAAAAACUUUGCCAGAAGACAUUCUGAUUGCUCGUUAUCUAUAAAUCUUGUAGCAUGUAGCGAUGACUCAUUGUGGCACUUCAAAAUGUUGCGACAAUGCAGUUUCUUCCCUAGAUAUUCGUUUUAUGUCCUCACGAUAUGCAAACAUAUAUUUUGAGCAAAAAUUGCGAGAAUUUACACAACAUAUAGUUAUACGUAUGAUACCUAAUUUUUAUAAGAAUUUUUCUGUAUAGACCAACUUCUUCUGAAAUUUUCUCAAAUUGUGAUCUAGAGUAUGGGUGUGCGUGCAUUUGAUUGUGAUUGUGAUUGUGUAGCUUUGAUUUAAAUUUGAGUAAAAAUAUUUCCUUGAUCUAACUAGCCUAAUUUUGUACAAUGAUAUCUAUACCAAUUCUUUCCUCCUAAUUUUCGGCUAACAUUAAUUAUUGGCAAGUAGUAUUAAAUUUCUUUACAUUUCAUGACAAAAUAGUUAAAUAGUGUAUAUUUAACACGGUACCAUGACUUUCUUUUAACGAAUUACGUUUCAGUACUAUAUAUAGACAAACGUAAUUGGCAUUAAUAAAAAUAUCAAUAAAUUGUAAUAUAAUUAUAUCACGGACAAUAUUGUACGUCUAUAUAAGUUGAAAAGAAGUGUAAUAAAGUAAUCAUUUGCCACUCA